AUGGAGGGACAGAUGGAGGACCUCGAGGAGGGUAUUCGGAAGUUACGCCAGGUGCUGCGUGACCGUCCUGGUCUUUUGGUGGGGCUAUACCGCCUCGGAAGUAUGCUAGAUUGUCGAUACGAACGAACAGGACAGAUGGAAGACCUCGAGGAGGCGAUUCAGCUUUUUCGUCAGGCUGCGCGGGCCACUCCUGAUGUUCAUCCUGAUCUUCCAAUAUUGCUAUACAUCUUCGGAGACACUCUCAAAAGUCGAUACGAGCGAAAAGGACAGAUAGAAGACCUUGAAGAGGCGAUUCAGGUAUCUCGUCAGGCAGUACAGAUCACUCCUGAUGACGAUCCUAACUUUGCAGUAUGGUUAAAUAACCUCGGGACCAAACUCAAAAGUCGAUACGAGCAAACCAGACGGAUAGAAGACCCCGAAGAGGCGAUUCAGGUGUCUCGUCAGGCUUUACGGGGAACUUCUGAUCAUGAUCCCAACCUUACACUAUUAUCAAGUAGCCUCGGAAACAUACUCCAAUAUCGGUACGAGCAAACAGGGCAGAUAGAAGACCUCUAA